UAACAUCUUUAAAUAGCCACUCUCUUUACCAUCCUCAACUACACCACAUCGAUUGCUCCUCUUUUUCUUUGUCUCGAAAACACUUCAAUUCCACUCAUUCCUUUUAGCGUGUGGUUCUCAAAGUUCCUUACACGAUAAGAUUUAUGCAAAUCCAUUCACAAACUCUACAAUAUCAAAUUCAAUUACUGUUCUCGCAACCCAAAACACAAAUGCAAAUCUACUUCAAUUUAUACUCUCAAUAACUCAGUCACGUGAAUCGAACCAAACCGUUGAGUUAUUUAGAUUAAUUUGUUUCUUGUUUCAACCAUGAGAGAGCCACAGAACGAUGCCGUUUUAAAAGAAUUAACAGAAACAGAGGCAUCCACGACAAAAGAAUUUGAGGUGCCGUCCGGCGUCGUUUUGUUCGGGAAAUACGAACUACAGAGGUUACUAGGCGUUGGUGCAUUCGCCAAAGUGUACCACGCGACGCAAGUGGACACGCGCCAGAGCGUGGCGGUGAAGGCCGUGAGCAAACACAAGGUCCUCAAUGGAGGCUUCGCCGCCAACGUGGAACGCGAGAUCUCCAUCAUGCGCCACCUUCACCAUCCGAACAUCGUUAACAUCUUUGAAGUCCUCGCCACGAAGACCAAGAUUUACUUCAUCAUGGAGUUCGCCGCCGGCGGAGAACUCUUCCACGAGGUCGGAAAAGGACGGCUCACCGAGGACCUCGCCCGGCGGUACUUCCGGCAACUCAUCUCUGCCGUGAAGCACUGCCACUCCCGUGGCGUGUUCCACCGUGACCUGAAGCUGGAUAACCUCUUGAUGGACGAGAACGGGAACCUCAAGGUGUCGGAUUUCGGGUUAAGCGCGGUUACGGAUCAGAUCCGACCCGACGGGCUGUUACACACAGUUUGUGGGACCCCUACUUACGUGGCACCUGAGAUUCUGGCGAGGAGAGGUUACGAUGGUGCCAAGGUGGACGUGUGGUCAUGCGGCGUCGUUUUGUUCGCUCUCACAGCAGGGUAUUUACCCUUCAAUGAUUACAAUAUUACGGUUUUGUACAGAAAGAUUUACCGCGGUCAAUUUCGGUUCCCGAAAUGGAUGUCACAUGAUCUGAGAAAGCUCUUAUCGCGUUUGUUGGACACGAAUCCCGAGACAAGGAUCACCGUUGAUGAGAUCUUUGAAGACACGUGGUUUAAAAGAGGUGAGUACCGGGUCGACCGGGUUUUGCUUAAGGAGUGCGAGUGUGAGGAGAGUCGAACCGGGUUCAAGUCUUUGAACGCGUUUGAUUUGAUAUCGUUUUCGACCGGGUUGGAUAUGUCGGGUUUGUUUGAGGAUCCAAACGGGUCGGAUUUUGUGGAGCGGGUCAUUUCAGGGGAGGAACCGGAGAGGAUCAUGGGGAAGGUUGAAGAGGUUGCGAAGGAUGCCGGGGUGGUGGUGAAGAGGAUGGGGAAUGGUGGUGAAGCCAAGUUGGAAGGGCAAGACGGUAAUUUGCUUGCUCUUCUUGUUGUUUACCGGUUAACGGAUGAGCUGGUGGUGAUUGAAGUGAAGAGAUGUGAAAGAGUGGGAUGUGGCGAAUUGUUAUGGAAAGAUAUAUUGCGACCUUUGCUUCUUGAACUGGCUCAUAAACAGGAAGCGCCGGUCUUCCGGUGACUUCUUAAUAUUCGUCAUGUUGGAAUUUUUUUUGGUAUCUAUAUAUUUUUUUGGGGUACCAAUUUUAAUUCUUGUUGAGAAUGUAUAGAUUGUCGAUUACUUACGGAUUUAGAAGAUGUUUUAUGGAGUUCAUUUGAACUUAUUUUAUAAGUACUAAGGUAACAAAAAAUAAAGAUGUUUUGCUUCAAAUAAAAAAUGUUUGGUUAAAGAUAGAAAGUAACUUAAGACUUUUAUAUCAUUUUUUUAAAAAUUAUUAUAUUUUUUAUGAAAAAUUCAUCUUAAUAAUUUUUUUAUAAAAAAUCUUUGCCUUUUAUUUUGUAAUAAAUUAUUAACAAAUAAAUACUCAAUUAUAGUAACAGUAAGUUAUAGAUUCAUUGGUGAAAUCAAAUAAAUUUUCUUUAAUAUUUUGAUUAAAUAAUAAUUUAAUAAAAUAUUAAAAAUAAUAGAAAAAUAAUAUUGUUUAAGUGAAUUUUAUUUUUGUUUUAUAAAACAGUCAUUAAACUUAGACAGACAAAAUGUAAAAUAGAGAAAAGGAAAUAGUCAAAUAUCAUCUUUAAAUCCUUGCAUUACGUAUCCAGUGUACAUUUAAAUAUUUUAAAAAUUCUCAUAUUUU